AUGUCGACAAGGGGAAGUUGGUUCUUCCUGUCAAGUUUCCUCAUUUCGCUUCUGUCUGUCCUGCUUUCUUUUAGCCCCUCGCUGGCUUACUCACUAAAAAACUGCACUGCUGAUGACAAUCGGACUUGGGUUGAGUGCGCAGAUCGCGACCUUGCUUUCAUCCCUGAUGACAUUCCCAAAACAGCAGUAACUCUAGAUCUCCGCUUCAAUCACAUCUCAAAGAUAAACAGGACAGAUUUCAGCCGUCUCUCAAAACUCAGAUAUUUACAAAUUGGAAACAACUUGAUUUCUCACGUAGACAAUGGAGCUUUUGCAGACGUGGAGUUAGUAAACCUCGACAUGGGCUCAAACAACCUCAGCAAUGUGACGGACAACAUGUUUCAGGGACUAACCGAGUUAAUUUAUUUGUCCUUGGAGAAAAACCAAAUCACAUACAUCUCCCCGUUGGCCUUUCAGUCACUGAUCAGCUUACAGACGGUACAACUGACGUAUAACCACUUAAAUCAAAUGACCGAUAUCGUGCCACUCUUACAACUACCAAACUUAAACGACCUGCUCGCUGAUAGUAACUAUUUCACCUCCUUUCAGUCAGAUGAGCUGCUUUGUAAUACGUCAAACCUCAGGACACUGGCGAUAUUUACUGAUUCAAAGUUCAGCAUCACAAGGGACGUUUUCCCUCAUCUUCAGUCUAUCACUUUAGAUACUGGGAGUGGCCUGGAGUGGGAUGUCCCGGACCCGAUCUUUCUGAGGAACCUGACUACUUUUGGGCUAUUCGUAUCUAACGAUAGUCGUGAAAUGUACCAAGCGAUGCUGAAGAGUGCUGAGUCAGUGCAGGAUCUGUCAGUGUCGUUUUUUCACCACGAUCGAGAGAUAGAGCUGGUGGAUAUCGCGUGCCAAAGUCCUAAGCUGACAAAUCUUAGUUUGUUUAUAUCUCACACUGUAGGCAAGAACGAAACAUUUCUGCGGUCUUGCUCCCAACUUACUGAGCUGGAUUUAUCCCAUAAUAAUCUGGAAGAGCUGUCCGAGGCUUCCCUCAGAUCAGUGAAACAGCUCAGAAGCCUGGACUUAGCAAGUAAUGCCCUGUCUAGAGUGCCUCUGGGCGUCAGAGGACUCUCCUUGCUUGAAUUUCUGGAUCUGAGUUCAAAUGUCAUCGGCGAAUUAGGCUGCUCUGAUUUUCUAAAUCUGACAAGACUUGCACAACUCUAUCUCAAAAGCAAUCGCAUUUCGACACUCAAGGGAUGCGUUUUUCAAAACCUGAAUGAUUUGAAAGUGCUGAACGUUGGAGAAAACGGAGUUCAUGUACUUGUUGAUUUCUUCAAGUUGAAUUUACAGAAACUAGAAGUUUUAGAUUUGAACAUGAACAUUUUGAUGCAGCUCAAAACAGGAGACUUCAAAAAUAUGUCUUCCCUCAAAUCUCUGUAUUUAGAAUCAAGUAAAUUUUAUGUUGCCCAUAAGGGGGCUUAUGAUGGACUGAACAAUCUUCUCACGCUUUCUGUAACACAAUUUUUUGGUGACAUGGAUUCCAUUGCAAACGCUUUUAGAGGACUACAACGCCUGGAAAGUCUCAAAAUCCACCUCACAUCUUCAUAUGACAGCAAAAGUUCUCAACAAAAUAAUGAGACACAUUCUUCCAUUUCCCCAUUGGCUUUCUUGAAAAGCCUGCUGAUACAAAAUUAUGAUUGGCAUCAUCAAAUUUUACCUGAUUUUCUAAAAGGUCUGAAUUCUUUAGAUUACUUUGGGGCGGAGAGAUUCUUCACAGAGUCACCUCACCCGGACACAUUUAAAUACACUCCCCACCUGACAAGUCUUCACAUAUUUCAAAGUGAUCUGCAAGUCUUUAACCCUGAAGUGUUUCAGCCGAUCCCCAACCUGCAGUCUCUCGAUCUUUCCAAAAACAAGCUCAGAUCCUUGGAUUUUCUCGCCAAGGCGAACCUCUCGGCUCUUAGGGUGUUGACAGUAAGAGACAAUGCCUUGACAGUGAUCGACGAGGUGGUCAUCCAGUCUCUUCCUGCACUAACGUACCUGGAUCUGACUGGUAACCCUUUCACUUGUAGCUGCUCAAAUGCUGGUUUUAUCCAGUGGGUGAAAAAUAACAACCAAACGCAGGCUGUUAACGCCUACCAGUACCCAUGUAUCUUUCCUGUGGCUGAACAAGGAAACAAGUUGCUAGACUUUGACGUCCAGUCCUGCUGGAUG